GACCCGCCGCGCGCCGUCCUGCCCGGAGUUCCGGCGUCGAAGCGCGGGCUGGAGGGCGGGCCUGGGCUCCUUGGUACAAGCUCAGCCCACCUGGCCGGGCUUCUUUACUCUCCCACGGGUCUUUCGUGGCUCUGCUGUCCGAACUCUCCGCUCCCAGAAGAGAACAAUUUAGAAUGUAGAUUGUUUUGUUUGGUCUUGUAAGGAUUCUCUCGUCCUCCCAACCCGCUCCACAACUACUGAAUGACUAACCCUCCAACUGUCACGUACCGACAAAGACAAGCUGCGUCCUUAGAUACCUAAGUUCAGGCAUAAACAAGAGAAGGAAAAAAAAAAAAGAGCGAGAGAGGAGAGUGGAGGAAAUAAGUGAACAGAAGAGAAAAGAAAGGAAAAGUUACAAAGGCCAGGGCGAGGGGGAUAUGAGUUAGAAUUUGAAUAUUGCCAGUUGAUUUUUGCCCAGCGCACUGUGAUCGAUCUACAAAUAGAGGAAAAUUCUAUUCUAAACGCUGGCUUAAGACCAUGCUACCUCUGCAUGUCUGUAAGUGAGACAGUGGUGACUUUUGAGUUGGACUUGACAGAAUGAAUGGAGCUUACCAAGGGAAGAAACAGGGAAAUGGCUCCAAAGUUUAAAUGAAGCUGGAAAAACACACAGAUGCAGCAUUGCAGCCUCUCCAGAUGUUCGGGGAUACUAUUCCAGAGAGAAGGUGAUCCCCUUGGAUUAGGUCACUAGUCACAAUGAAGAAAAUUAGUCUUAAAACCUUCCGGAAAUCUUUUAACCUGAAUAAAAGUAAAGAAGAAACUGAUUUCAUGGUAGUCCAACAGCCCUCCCUGGCCGGCGACUUCGGAAAAGACGAUUCCUUAUUUGGUAGCUGCUAUGGUAAAGAGGUGGCCAGCUGCGACCUCAACGGGGAGGACGACAAAGGAGGGAAAAGCAGGUCGAAGAGCGAGAGCCUGAUGGGCACGCUGAAGCGGCGGCUCUCGGCCAAGCAGAAGCCCAAAGGCAAGGGCUGCGCGCCCGCGGGGAGCUCGGCCGACGAGGACGCCUUCUCCUCCUCCUCGGCGCCCGUGGUCUUCAAGGACGUGCGGGCGCAGCGGCCCAUCCGGUCCACGUCCCUGCGCAGCCACCACUACAGCCCCACGCCCUGGCCCCUGCGCCCCACCAACUCAGAGGAGACGUGCAUCAAGAUGGAGGUGCGGGUCAAAGCCCUGGUGCACUCCUCCGGCCCCAGCCCGGCUCUCAACGGCGUCCGGAAGGACUUCCACGACCUGCAGUCGGAAAGCGGGUGCCCAGAGCAGACCAGCUCCCUGAAGGGGUCGGACUCUCCCGGCGGGGACCUGCGCCUUCACCUGGACGAACACGUGCCUGUCGUCCUCGGACUCGUGCCUCAGGACUACAUCCAGUACACCGUGCCUUUAGACGAGGGGAUGUACCCUCUGGAAGGACCGCGCAGCUAUUGCCUGGACAGCUCUUCCCCCAUGGAGGUGUCCGCCGUCCCUCCCCAGGUGGGGGGGAGCUCCUUCCCUGAAGACGAGAAUCAGGUAGACCAGGACCUCGUCGUGGCCCCGGAGCUCUUCGUGGACCAGUCCGUGAACGGCUUGUUGAUCGGGACCACGGGAGUCGUGUUGCAAAGCCCCCGAGGGAGUCAUGAGGACGCCCCCCCACUCUCACCGUUGCUACCUCCAAUGCAGAGUAAUCCGAUCCAAAGGAACUUCGGCGGACUCACCGGCACAGACGCCCACGUGGCGGAGAGCGUGCGCUGCCAUUUGAAUUUCGAUCCUAACUCUGCUCCUGGGGUUGCAAGAGUUUACGACUCGGUGCAAAGCAGUGGCCCCAUGGUCGUGACAAGCCUUACAGAGGAGCUGAAGAAGCUGGCCAAACAAGGAUGGUACUGGGGCCCCAUCACACGCUGGGAGGCGGAAGGGAAGCUGGCCAACGUGCCCGACGGGUCUUUUCUUGUUCGGGACAGUUCCGAUGACCGUUACCUUUUAAGCUUGAGCUUUCGCUCCCACGGCAAAACACUUCACACCAGGAUUGAGCACUCCAAUGGUAGGUUUAGCUUUUACGAACAGCCGGAUGUGGAGGGACACACGUCCAUAGUUGACCUAAUUGAACAUUCGAUCAGGGACUCUGAAAAUGGAGCUUUUUGUUAUUCAAGGUCUCGGUUGCCUGGAUCUGCAACUUACCCUGUCAGACUGACCAACCCGGUGUCACGGUUCAUGCAGGUGCGGUCUUUGCAGUACCUGUGCCGCUUCGUUAUACGUCAGUACACCAGGAUAGACCUAAUACAGAAACUGCCUUUGCCAAACAAAAUGAAGGAUUACUUACAGGAGAAGCACUACUGAAAGAUUGACAACCCUGCAUCUUGCACUUUGGGAAUAACAAAAAGAUUUGAAAUACAGUUUACAAACUCAUUGCCAUCAAAAUCUUUUGCUGCCAUAACUUUUUCAGUUUUAUGUGUUCAAGAGUCGAUUUGUUUAGGGGGUGGGGAAAUGUCUGAAAGAUGUCCUGGGUUUAUUUUGGUUCUUUAAAAAGGGAAGUCUUGAAGUCUUAAGUGUGAAUUACCGUUCUUCAAUGUGUGGAAUAAUCACAAUGUGAAUGAUCAGAUUCUCCUUACCAUACCCACCCUAGUCCCUUGCUGCUAUCCACUGUGAUUUUUAUGCAUUCAAAGCACAUUUCAUGUGUAUUCAGCCCUAAGUAAAGUUGGAUGAAACUUACAGAAUGAAAAUCGCUGUGUCUUUUUAAAUGGCCCAUUCUCAAAAGGUAUUGCUACCUGUGUUAUAUAACACAGAAUUUACGUCUACACUGAAAAUUAUUUUUUUAAAUCUCAUCCUUUAAAAAGAUUUAUUUAGAAUUUGGGAUUGACGUGAUCUUGGGUAAUGGAGUAUAGAUCUGCAACAUAUCUUUUUACAACACUCUUUUUUAAAUUAUUUUUAAGGUUGCGCUAAUUUUUUUUUGUUGUUGCAAAAAGUUGAUGUUUCUGUUGCCUUCCUUUUCAUCUUGUGGUUUGUCUAUUUUAAUAAAUGGCCUUACAUUUAAAAAUUGUAACAAAAUGUAUACCACCAAUGUAGAAAUUGUUGCCUUUUCUGUCAUUAAACUCGGGUACAAAUUGGCAUAACAUAUAAAGACCUAUGGAGUUAGAACUAUUAUUAAAGAAAUAGUAGAUGAUCAUAGCUUCUUGUGAUAGCAUUUUUUUGUGUGUGUUAUCAGAUACUUUCCCUUGGUAAAAUGUUCUUUUGUCUGUGAUUGCUUUAGCCUACUUAACAUUUUCUUGGGUGCACUUGAUUAUAUAACUAAUUUUCAUAAAUGAACUGGAUUCUCUUGCAAUGUUAAAAUUUAUAUAAAGUUUUAAAUUGAUUUUAAUAGAAAGCAUUGUUUUAAAUAAAGUUGGCUUUAUAUUUUUAUGUAGUUACUAUUAAAACAUUCUAGAUUUGACCAUUCCUUUGCCCCACUAAAAACAACCCUGAAUGACUUCAGUUGGAAAAUGGUGAACGUUGUGAAACACAAUGUGAGAAAAAUACUCAGACUGCGUCAGAUGUACGGAAGUCUUAUUGCCAACCAUAUAAACUGCCAUUUUAAAAAUAGGUUUUUCUAUUUCUUCUUUUUAACGUUAGUAAAUCUAGGUAAUCUGGCAUCACUAGUUAUUUUAUCUCUUUGAGUCAUUUGUUGGGGGGAGGGAUGCUAUGUGGAAAUGCAGUGUUUAUUCAUUUCAUAAAUCUGCAAUGUAGCAUUUUAGCAUCACCCAGUCUAGAAAAUGUUUCCAGCUACACAG